AUGUCUUCCAUCGCCAGAGAUGACAAGACCUCACCGUCAUUCAUCCCUCUUGCCGGCGUAGCUCAGGACGGCUGGUCAACGGAGAAUGAAGCAACGGCAACGUGCCUCUGUGGCGCCGUUCAGCUCUCAUUUGUAAGAUUCCACAUCAAUUCAUCCCAUAACACCAACCCAAAGCCCAAGAAUCAUCGCACUAACAGCCCCUAUCAGCCAACCCAAGGCCGCGGCCUCCUCAAUCGCUUCAUCUGUCACUGCACAGACUGCCGCAAAAUCUCCUCCUCAAUGUUUUGCUCCAACUUCUCCGUUGCCGACAGCUACCUCCGCCACAUCCGCGGUAAGGAGAACCUGAAGUCUUUCAGCCAGUCUCGAACCAUCGCGACUGGCAACGAUAUGGCAAAUCACUUCUGCGGCACCUGUGGCACGCUCAUGUACCGCGUCAGCUCCGGUCUACCAGGUAUGAGCAUUCUCAGGCUCGGUACUGUCGAUGAUUUCCGCCUCGUGGAGACGAAGCUCAGGCCGCAGGUCGAGCAGUUUAUCGACACGCGCGCAUCUUGGUUGAAGCCGGUUGAGGGCGUCAUGCAGUUGGAUCGGAUGCUUACAGCACAAGACAUCAAGAGUCUUUUAUAG